GGUGGGGUUGGGGUUUGUGGGUGUUGAGGUAUUGUGGUAUUGCGGUAUUGCGGUAUUGAGUAUUGGAGUGUUGGAGUAUUACGGGUAGUUAUAUGGGAUGGAUGGAUGGGAUGGAUACUCUGGACACGGACACGGCCGGAGGACGGACGGAGCAGGAGGAGGGAGCCACGGAGUUUUUGUUCGGCGUUUAAUCCCGUGCUGUUGUUGGUGUUAUUCGUUGCGGCGAGUAUUGGCUCCACUGGCUUUGGACGAGUUAUUCUGCUUCUGCGUCUGAAGUCCGGUCUGGCUGCGUUUUUUUUUUGUGUUCGGGUGGGAUUUAUUGGGCGGGGAGGAGGAGGGAGGAGGGGUGGGUUACAGGUGUGCGAGUGUCUGGCUUCUUUUUUUUUGUCGAUCGAUUUGACUUGACGCACAUCACGAGCAGGGUGGUGGAUGAUGGGUUUAC